GACCCUCUAAAGUUUCGAACCGGACCGGCUACUCAUUGAUGACGCGAGGAAGACGCCUGAUCUUGAGCUAAUUAGCUGUUUCAGCUAAUCUCUUAGGUUUCCGAGUAUAAGAACUUACCAAUCGUUUACCGAUAACCACUGUAUGAAAUCACCUCUCCCCUAUAUCUGCGAUGUAUCAAUCUUCAUCUGGUUUGUUAAACUAACAUAGAAUUGUCCAAAAGGUUAUAAUAGCCAUGACUGCAUCAUCUUAUAUCGUCUGACAAGCAUGCCUGGCAUACCUCUUGUGGCUCGUGAAUUCACAAGUGCAGAUCAAAUGUGUCGCCAAGGUUGUCGCCCACAUUUGUCCGAGGAAGAGGAAAUUGCAGCUGAGGAAAGCCUUUCAAUUUAUUGCAAGCCUGUAGAGCUCUACAAUAUUCUUCAACGACGUGCAAUAAAAAAUCCAUCAUUUCUCCAGAGAUGCCUACGGUACAAAGUACAGGCAAAGCACAAAAGGAGGGUCCAGAUGUCAGUUUCUGUUUCAGGGACUCUGAUCAAUGGAUUUCAAUAUCAAAAUCUUUUCCCUAUUUGCAUAAUGUUGGCUAAGCCAGUUGCUGACUUUGGAGUUACAGAUGCUUAUUCUGCAGUUUAUCGCUUUAGUCGAGCAGUUAUCUUGAAUACCUCAACCGGAGUCGAAGGGAUAAAACAAACUGAAGCAAAGUUUACCCUUCCAGAUAUUAACAAGUUGGAGGGGGAGAUUAAAUCUGGUUCUCUUUGUGUUCUUUUUGUCAGCUUUGCGCGAUUAGGAGAGUCAAUUUCUGCUAUUGAUCUGACAAAGUAUUGUACAGAUGUAUCAUAUUUUCCAUCAAACAUUGAAGGAUACUGCCUAUUUGGAAAAAUACCCUUGGAAAUACUUCAUUUGUCAUGGGAAAAGUCUCCCAACUUGAGUUUAGGGGAGAAGGCAGAGAUGAUGUCAACCAUCGAAAUGCACUCUUCAUUCAUGAAGUUAAGUUGCACAGAUGAGGACAAAUUUAUUUCAUUUCAGACCCCUUACAACUCUGGUGCUGUGCCUGCACCAAAGCAAGUGGAAGUUAUUAUUUGUGCAGAAGAAGUUGGCGCAAAAGACAAAUCCCCUUAUGACUCGUACACAUACAACAGUACUCUUAAUACUUCAUUGUCAAAUAUUAUCCGGUUGAGAAGUGGUAACGUAGUAUUCAACUACAGGUACUUUAACAAUAAGUUGCAGAGAACUGAAGUUACAGAAGACUUCUCUUGCCCGUUCUGUUUGGCCAAAUGUGCUAGUUUUAAGGGUUUGAGAUGCCACUUAUCCGCAUCUCAUGAUCUAUUCAACUUUGAGUUUUGGGUCACAGAUGAGCUUCAAGCUGUGAACGUAUCUGUAAAAACUGAGGUUGGGCAAUCUGAGGUCGUUGCAGAUGGUGUCGAUCCUAAGCAACAGACCUUUUUCUUUUGUUCAAAGCUACUAAAGCGUAGAAAAGCAACAAAUCUUCUGCAGAAUUCAAAGCAUGUUCAUCCACUGAUCAUGGAUUCUGACUACCCUUCUGCAGUUAACGAAGUUCGAGACAAGGCUGAUGGUAUCGCAGAUUUCAUGGAUCGUGAUAUACCCAGUCCUGAUAUCACUGGAAUGUCAACAGCUACGGCUCAUUCACACUCAUAUGCAGAUCCUGAAUGUAUCCAAUCGAUAGCUGGAAGCAAUCUCGGACCUCCUGUCAUGCUACAGUUUGCAAAGACGAGGAAGUUAUCCAUUGAGCGUUCUGACCCAAGGAAUCGUGCCUUUUUGCAGAAACGCCCAUUCUUCCACUCCCAUAGAGCACAGCCUAUGGCAUUGGAACAAGUUUUGUCAGAUCGUGACAGUGAAGAUGAGGUUGACGAUGAUGUUGCCGAUUUUGAAGAUCGACGGAUGCUUGAUGAUUUUGUGGACGUUACCAAACAUGAAAAGCAAAUGAUGCAUAUGUGGAACUCAUUUGUGAGGAAACAACGAAUAUUGGCAGACAAUCAUGUACCUUGGGGUUGUGUAGCAUUUUCAAAAAUGCAUGGCACAGCACUUGUCCAAUCGCCACCACUGCUAUGGUGCUGGAGAUUAUUUUUGAUAAAGCUAUGGAAUCACGGGCUGCUUGAUGCACGGAACAUGAACAAUUGUAACGUAAUAUUGGAGCAAAUCCAGAAAAAAGAUGCUGAGGAUCCUGUGAAGAAGAGCUAAGAUGGUGGUGAUGAUAUAUUUGGAUAUUGUUAAAGGUGUCAAGAACCACCGUCCCUAAUUAAAAACUAAUGUCGCUAAUAAUAAGAUUUGUUACUGGUCUCUUGAAACUUACUCUUUUGUUAUCAACUAUUUAAGUGGUGGUGGUGAUGGCCGUGGUAACAAGUUUUCCUUAUGUUCAAUUUUAGAAAGAAAGAAAGAACUAUUAAUCUGCUUA